CCCUCUUGAAAACAGCCCCUAUUUGUGAGGUAGAGCAUUCGAGUCCUGGAGUGCUAGAGAGGAUGUCGGAGGAGGAGAGGAGGCAGAGGGACUUCCUCUUCCGGCUCACCUGAAGGAGGAUGGGCGCGUGGGGAGCGGCUCUCGUGCUCUUCCCAGGGUCGCGGCUGCAGCUGGAAGAUGAAGAGGAUGCCAAGAACAACAUUCUGGACAAGUGAGAAUCACAAAGAGCAUUAAAGGGGAAAGCAAAUCCAGCCAACAAUCAAAAUCUACUACUUUCUUCAGCAGGAAAAAAUAAAACUCAACAAACCACCCCACGAAAAGGUCAAGGGUGAGGUCAUAUACAAAUUCAGAAAAAAAAAAGAUGGAAAUAUCUGGGAAUCAGUGGAGAGGAAGCUGCCAUAUAGAUACCCACAUAGGGCAGGCAGUCAUGCAAGCUUUGCCCUGUGAAGAACGAAAGAGUAGUUUGAAUCAAAGCACCAUGCAAGAAAAGAUUCAAAGUAUUUUUGACCUUCAAAAUCCAGGAAUGUUAGUGGUGGAAAAUCCCUGCAGAUCUACAUAUCAUGAGGAAAGCAUAGAUUGCAGAUCACAACUGAUUACACCUGAAGGGAUGCACACCGGAGAAAACCCGAAUGAAUGUUCCGAGUGUGGAAAGGUAUUUUACUACAGCUCUCAUCGUUUUGAGGAUAAAAGGACCUACAAUGAUGGAAAUCCAUACCAGUGCUCCCAAUGUGAUAAGAGAUUUCAGAAAGACACACCCCUACUGAUACACCACAAGACACACACAGGUGAGAAACCAUAUGAGUGUAUGGAUUGUGGGAAACAUUUUACUUACAAUUCCCACCUGGUGAAACACCAGAGAACUCACACAGGGGAGAAACCUUAUGAGUGUCCAGAUUGCGGGAAAAGGUUCCGUACUAAUUCACAUCUGGUGGCGCACAAGAGGACUCACACAGGGGAGAAACCACAUCAAUGUAUGGAUUGUGGAAAAAGUUUCAGUCGGAAUUCCCAACUAGUAAUUCACCGGAGGACACACACAGGAGAGAAUCUCUAUGAAUGUUUGGACUGUGGGAAAAGUUUCAGUCAGAAUUCCCAUCUGGUGGUACACCAGAGGACACAUACAGGAGAGAAACCGUAUGAAUGUCCAUAUUGUGGGAAACGUUUCAGUUACAGUUCCAACCUGGCAGCACACCAGAGGAUUCACACUGGGGAGAAAUCAAAUGAGUGUCCGGAUUGCGGGAAAAGUUUUAGUCGGAAUUCCUACCUGGUGAUACACCACAGGACUCACACUGGGGAGAAACCGUAUGAAUGUCCUGAUUGUGGGAAAAGUUUCAUUCACAGUUCUGAACUGGUGAGACACCAGAGGACGCACACAGGAGAGAAACCAUAUGAAUGCCCAGACUGUGGGAAAAGUUUCAGUCAGAGUUCCAGCCUGGUGUCACACAGGAGGACUCAUACUGGGGAGAAACCGUAUGAGUGUCCAGAUUGUGGGAAAACUUUCAGUCAGAGUUGUUAUCUGGUUAUACAUGAGAGAACUCACACAGGGGAGAAACCAUAUGAAUGUCUAUAUUGUGGGAAAAGUUUCAUUCGGAAUUACUCCUUGGUGAUACACCAAAGGACUCACACGGGGGAGAAACCGUACGAAUGUGUGGAUUGUGGGAAAAGUUUCCGUCUUAAUUCACACCUGGUGGUCCAUCAGAGGACUCACUCUGAGAAGAAACCAUAUGAGUGCCAGGAUUGUGGGGAAAGUUUCAGUCAGAAUUGUCUUUUGGUAUACCACCAGAGGCGACACACAGGAGAGAAACCAUUUGAGUGUCCAGAUUGUGGGAAAAGUUUCAGUAACAAUUCCCACCUGGUGGUGCACCAGAGUAUUCACACAGGAGAGAAACCAUAUGAGUGCCAGGAGUGUGGGAAAACUUUUAGUCGUAAUUCUCACCUGCUGAUACAUCAGAGGUCUCACACAGGAGAGAAACCGUAUGAGUGUCAGGAGUGUGGGAAAACUUUCAGUCGGAAUUCCCAUUUGGUGAUACACCAAAGAACUCACACAGGAGAGAAACCAUAUGAGUGUCCUGAUUGUGGGAAAGGUUUCACUACUAAGUCUAAACUUGUAAUUCAUGUAGCUUUACACAUUGGGGAGAAACCUUUCAAAUGCUCAGAGUGCGGACGUAGCUUCACACAAAAUUCUUCUCUUACUGCACACAAGAAAAUCCACACGAGGCAGAAACCUCAUCAUUGCCAUCACUGUGGCAAAAUCUUUAGGAAGCAGGCCACCCUAAGGAUACACAAGAGGACCCACACAGGGGAGAAACCAUAUGAGUGUCUGAAUUGUGGGAAAAGAUUCAGUCAGAAUUCCCAUCUGGUGAGCCACCAUAGGACUCACACUGGGGAGAAACCAUAUGAGUGCCCGGAUUGUGGAAAAAGUUUCAGUCACAAUUCCGACCUGGUGGUACAUCAGAGGACACAUACAGGAGAGAAACCGUAUGAGUGUACAGACUGUGGCAAAGGUUUCAGUCACAGUUCCAACCUGGUGAUACACAAAAGGACUCACACUGGAGAGAAACCAUAUGAGUGUCCAGAUUGUGGGAAAAGUUUCAGUCAGAAUUAUGCCCUGGUGAUACACCAAAGGAUUCAUACUGGGGAAAAACCAUAUGAAUGUUUGGAUUGUGGGAAAAGUUUCAGUCAGAAUUCUCACCUGGUUAUACACCACAGGACACACACAGGGGAGAAACCAUAUGAGUGCCCAGAUUGUGGGAAAAGUUUCAGUCACAAUUCCGACCUGGUGGUACAUCAGAGGACUCACACAGGAGAGAAACCAUAUAAGUGCCCCCAUUGUGAAAAAAAGUUUCAGUCACAGUUCAAACCUAGUGAUACACAAGAGGACUCACACUGGGGAGAAACACUAUGAAUGUCCCAAUUCUGAGAAAAGUUUCAGUCACAAU